CGGACUUUUGUCCCCGCCCCCCGUUGCUGCCGCCUGCUCUCGUCUACUUUACAGGCGAGGCGCAGUUCAUCUCGAACGAGCCUAUUAUUACCAUAAAUAGCAUGUGGGGGUGAGUUACAUACAACCCGGUCUCUGUGACAAUGGAGGUAGCUUCAGCCCCGGUUCGUGGUUCAGACGCUGGCGGUAACGCCGCGGCCUGCUCGCUCUGAUGCAGCGGAUCACCAGCCUCGCUGCAUGCCAGGAGCUCGGCGGCCUCGCCUCGUGCUUACCCGGGGUCUGCUCCUGGAAGAGGGACCCGUCCUGCAGCAGGAAGCCGACCGUGCACCGGCAGUGGGCGUGGGCGUGUGUGCUACCUGCGCGUCCUUUCACCGGGGUGUCCGGAGCACAAAGCCGGAGGCUGUGCAGGCGGAGGUUCGAGUUCGCCGGUCAGAAACACAGACUGUUUAGCUCACAGCCUGGAGCCGACGGGCCGCCGGGGAGCUCCAGCGGUCAGCCCGCUGUCUCCGUAGUCGGCAUCCCGGACCCGAUCACAUGGAUCCGGUGCAAAUGUAUCAUGUAUCUCAUCGAUCUGUACUUUGAGGUAGACAUAAACUCUGCGGAGUUUGAAAGAGGAGUAAAGCAGGCUUUGGUCCACGUCUCCAACAUGAUGUCCAGUGGCAGAUACCACAAGCUAGUGGGGAUUGUGUCCAAUGAGAUGAUAGAUUAUAUUCAGACGAGGUGCAGGUCUCUCACCGAUGCUCAGAGACGGCAGCUCGCUGUCACAAUGGACGAUAUUAUAUUUAUUUCCCCAGAAGACGUGUCUGUGGUCUUUGAUCAAUAUGGUAGAAAGUUCUGCUUCAUCGUCAUGAGGUGUUGGCUCCUGUCGACAUGUGAAGGCCCUGAUGACCCAGAGGGCACAAAGAUCUUCAAAGUGGCCUCUAGUGAAGAUGGUGGCCCACAGAAGAAAAUAGUGACAGCAGUCUAUGAAUUCCAACGAGAGUUGACGACUGGAGCUUCUCCUGACUGGACAGUCACGACUGUUUGGCACUGGCACUGGAAACUGGCCGAAUGAUUUGAUUCGACGCUGCGAGGCCAUUUGUCAGUCAUCAGGACACAACAGGGGAGUAGUGAUCGGCUGAAUUUACUUGUCCAUAAAAGACAACUUUAAGCUGGACAUCUGCGAGCAGCAGAUUGAAGAACUGUAUUAGGAUCACAUGAAAGGGGACACAGAGCCAUAAUACUGAAGCUAUACUGACAACGGAAGACCUCAGAACUUUAUAAAUGAACAAACCUCACUAGUUGAAGUGUGUCUUCUGACCCACAGAUGCUUCAGAAGCCCCCCUCCAGGGAUUUUACACCGCUAAUAAAAAUCUUGUGAGCAGACUGUUCUCCGAGGUCAUACUCCUAGGGCCAGUUGUUCAAAGGUAAUCUGAUCGGAUUUUGGUUAUCGGAUUGGAUCAAAUCUUGAAAAUGGGUUGUUCAAAAGGGAAAGAAGGAUUCUGAAAUGCAAUUAGAUUACGGAAUCCAAUCCUAGUUUUAAUCUGGAUCAAACCUUCAGUUUGUGUUGUUCAAAACUUGUCAGUAGAAUUUGGAUAAUUUGGAUCCAAAAAAACAGGAUUAUCCUGAUCCCAACAGGGGUUAGGAUUUCAAGGUGGAUUCCAGGAAGAAAAUGUAGUAAAACUUUAAAAUUGGUCAAAUAAUACAUCUGUAUCAUGUAGUGUAUAUACUUUUAUUUAUAUUUUGCACUUGACUUGUGUAACUGUUGUAACAGUGAUAAAGUAGAUGAAGUAGACAUAGGCUACCAAUUAAGCUAUUCAGUAUAGUAAAGUAAAAAUAGAAAUGAUCUUGUCCCCAUGUCUAAACGAGAAAGUGAAAGAGCAGAAGCACAGAUACUCCUGGCAGAGGAACAAAUCAAGCUGACCAAACUGCAGCAAACCAAAGCCAGACUUCAGAUCCGGAUUUGGUAAUCUUGAAAACUGUCUAUCUGGAUAAGGGUGAGCCAAUCCAAUGUUGCUUUGAAAAACCGGCAUAAAAGUAAGACGCAUUACCUGAUCCUGGAUAGCAAAAAAUGGGAUUUCCAAAUCCGGAUAAUUUUGAUCCAGAUUAAAUGUUUUGAACAACUGGCCCCUAGACCUACUCUACAACUCCUCUGAAUCACUGGUGUCAGGUGUUUUUAGCCUAGAUAAAGUAUAUGAAUAGAGUGAUGAGGUCACUGGAGGAAGACUUUUAAAGUGUCUUGUUAAAAGUAGCUGUUGAGUGUGUUAUAAAAUAAACACCUACCUACCUAAAAAACCUCACUCCUGGUCCAUGUACCAGCUUCUUCCAGAGCUUUUAAAUCACAUCUCAUAGCCAUCCUCCGCAAAUGGAGUUUGCUUAGUUGUCAUGGCAAGGGCCAUGCGAUGACAAUUAAGGCAUCUCCAUGACAACUUAGAAAAGUCUAUUCACUGAGGAAGACCAUGGUUGUGUCCGAAAUUCCAUCAAUAUUUCCGGUAAAAUAUUACAGUAUGCAAAAACUGGACAGUAGGCCGGCAUUAAUAUCACACAAUGCAUUAGUGAAGACAAUGUUCACAACAGACACAAUGUUUAACUAUACGUAUUGAGUAUGUAAUGCACAGUAUGUGAUUUCGGACACAGCACAUGAGAUGCAGCUGAAGGUUCCAGAAAAAGUGGAUUAGUAGAAACUGAGUUUGUUAAACCAAUAAGUUGUAUCAAUAAAUUGCUUGAUCAUAAGCACCAAA